AAAACCGCUUUACGUGCACAUCACUUGUCUUAUUCAGCAUUUAUAAUUUUCGUAAUAUCACUUCAUAAAAAAUAAUCAUUACAUUCCAGUCAAGUCCGUCGAACAUCAGUAUCCAACAUUCAUAUUCUAUAGAAAGAAAAAAACGUUUAGUUUAAAGAACAGGUUACACGAUGGAUGUUGAUUUUAUAGACGUAUGCGGAGUACCAACGAAAAUUGUUACUUUGGGCAAUCGAUUGGGCGAAAAGUUUGAUAAAAAAGAAAUCGUGCUGUUUAUUACUGGCAAUCCAGGCCUAUGUGAUUUUUACAUUACGUUUUUAACAACGUUAUACAAAUUUUUGCAAGGAAACGUUCCUGUGUGGAUUAUUGGUCACGCUGGACAUGACGAGCCCGAAGAUAGAAAACAUCGCAUUCCACGUUUGAAGCAUAAUAAACAAUUAUACAAUAUGGAUGGGCAAAUCAAUCAUAAGGUUGAAUUUAUUCGAAAGUAUAUUCCAUCGGAUGUGAAAAUUCAUUUGGUUGGUCACUCAAUUGGAGCGUAUAUUUCUCUAAAACUUUUGGACAUUGGUGACAUUGGCAAUCGCAUCCAGCGCUGCUACCUUUUAUUCCCAACCAUCGAAUAUAUGGCCGAAUCUCCAAAUGGAAAACUCUAUACUUCGCUCGUACAAAGAUACUUCAAGAUAAUCUACUAUCUAGCUAGAUUCUUGCAUAUAUUGCCAACAAUUUUGCAAAAUCUACUUAUAAUGAUAUUUUUCUGGGUGCGAUCGAUUCCAAGCGAGUUCUUAGAAUCGGCACUUAUGUAUAUUCGUCCCAGUGUGUUAAGCAAAAUUAUAUACAUGGCAACUGAUGAAAUGGAAAAAGUGAAGGAACCAGAUUAUGCGUUAAUUGAAAAGAACAAACAUCGUUUAACUUUCUUCUACAGUACCACAGAUGGUUGGACACCCAUCACAUACUAUGAGCGCCUGAUUGGACGCAUUCCAGAAAUUAAUGCACAACUUACCGAUAAAUAUGAUCAUGCUUUCGUGCUGAAGUCGUCGGCAAAUAUGGGCGCAUUGGUCGCUGAAUGGAUUCAACAGCACAGUGCUCAAAUUUAACUUGCUGAAAAUGUCGUUGUAACUAAACCGCCUUUCUCAGGAAAAAGAAAAAGUUACUAAUUGAAAUGAAAAAAAAAAAGAUUUGUUUCUCUUCGAAAUUUCACUCUGUAACACGUUAUUUAACGUAUUGGCUGAUGAAAUAAAAAGUUGAUAUGAAUUUUAUUUAAAAUUGAA